AACAAGUUAAAAUCCGUCCGUAUAUAUUUGUGUAUGUAUAUAACAGUAAUUUGAGAAACGCCACCAUCGUUGUCCUCCUGGCGCCUGCAUUGAUCUCAUUUCUUCUUCAUUCUUUCCCCUACCUAGAUAUAUAGCUAGUUUCAGACAAACUGAUAUUAUAUAUAUAUAUAUAUAUAGAGAGAGAGAGAGAGAGAGAGAGAGAGGGAGAGGAAGGGAGGGAGAGAGAUGAGAGAGAGAGGAAACUGUCGGUGUAAUUGGUACAGCAUUGUAGGGAUUCUGGUGGUGACGAUGAGCUGCUGGAUCAAAGCUGCGAGGGCUUCGAUCCAUGAAUACAAUAGGGAGCCUUUCAUUCCUCGCUUCAAUUCGUUCUUCGUUCACGGCGGCAGCGAGGGGCUCUACGCUUCUCAGGAAUUGGACUCUUCCAAACACACUUCCUCUCAGCCAGAUAAACCCCCGCCCCUCAAUGGCAAAUCCUUCAUCAGGUUUGAGUCAAUCACAUUUACGAGAACAACAGAAGCCACCAACAAACAGAAUGACAUGCAGCAAAAGACAGGGUUGGUUGAAGCUAUUAUAGUUGAGGUCAAAGACAGGUACAAGGUUGGGGGUUCUUACUUAAAUUCUGAUGCAAUAUGUUGCACUCCUGCUCUUGCCAAAGAUGGGGCCUGCAAUGUUGGAGAGGUUAUUAUCCGCCAGGACCCAGAUAAACCUGGCUGGCCAAGACGAAUCCAGACUUUCUUUGAUGGGAAAAAUGAAGAGGCUAAAAUGGUGCCUCAGACUGUUGAGAUAAAUAGUACUGGCAUGUACUAUCUGUAUUUUAUGUUUUGCGAUCCUGAACUCCAGGUCACACUAAUCAGUGGAAGAACAGUUUGGAGAAACCCAGAAGGUUAUCUACCUGGAAAAAUGGCUCCCCUGAUGACAUUUUAUGGUUUCAUGUCUCUAGUGUAUCUUGUUCUUGGUCUCAUAUGGUUUCUUCACUUUGUACAGUAUUGGAAAGAUAUAAUACAAUUACACUACCACAUCACAGCUGUAAUUGGUCUGGGAAUGUGUGAAAUGGCUCUAUGGUAUUUCGAAUAUGCAAAUUUUAAUGCUACUGGAAGCAGGCCAAUGGGAAUAACCAUGUGGGCAGUUACCUUCAGUGCUAUCAAGAAAACUGUCUCACGUCUUCUUCUUUUAGUGGUAUCAAUGGGUUAUGGUGUUGUCCGGCCCACCCUUGGUGGUAUAACUGCAAAAGUGCUUCUUCUUGGUGUGAUUUACUUUGUGGCUUCAGAAGCUCUUGAGCUGGUUGAACAUUUGGGAAAUAUUAAUGACUUUUCGGGGAAAACAAGGCUUUUUCUGGUGUUACCCGUUGCUAUAUUGGAUGCCUGCUUUAUUGUUUGGAUCUUUUCAUCAUUGUCAAAGACCCUAGAGAAGCUGCAGAUACGGAGAAGCAUGGCCAAACUCGAGUUGUACCGCAAGUUUACCAACGCUCUGGCAGUAUCAGUUCUACUCUCUGUUGCUUGGAUUGGUUAUGAGUUGUACUUCAACGCAACUGACCCAUUGAGCGAAUUGUGGCAAAGAGCAUGGAUCAUCCCAGCCUUUUGGACUGUGCUGGCAUUUCAACUUUUGUUGGUGAUAUGCAUUCUCUGGGCUCCUUCACAUAAUCCAACAAGGUAUGCAUACUCAGAAGAGACUAUUGAUGACCUUGACGAGGAGGGUAUCUCAUUGACUGGCAGUGCUAUAAUGGUGGCUGGAGAUCUAGCAACCAAACUGGAAAGAAAGGAAAGGAAGUUGUCAAUUGCAGCAGAUCCCGUGUUUGGGCUGGGAGAAGACCUUGAGGAGGACAAGAGAGAGUGACAAUCUGUCCUUCCUUCUACAAUUUUAAUUUUGCUCAUGGAUCAGGAGUUCUGUUUAGAUUUUCAUUUAUACUCUGCCGAAUGUAAAAAGCAUAGAAGCAAAAGGCAAUAAAAUGGCUACUGGCUGAUUUGCCUGCACCAAUAGCUCUUUUGCAAUGUUCUUCAGGCUGUAUUUUAUAAUAGACAGGCGUGUUUAAAUGGGAGGCAGAUGAUGUAGGUGAGAUAAGUAUAAGCAGAUAAUUGGAGUAGAUGCUUUAUUAGAAGCCAUUAGUCGUAUCAGCCAAUUUGAUUA